AUGGAGUACAUCCAGAGCCGCGUGGAGCCAUGGAUGAGAGAGCAAGGAGCGAGGCUCAUGAAGGUUUCGUGGGGCCCACUCCAAUGGCGGAUGCGAUGGCCAUGGACUAACCACCGCGAGCAGAAGAAGCGGAUCAAGGAGGAGUAUGAGCGGCGCCGGAAACAGCUCAACGAUCUCUGUUUAGCUCUUAAGACUGAGUCUCUCUCCGAUUUGCAGGAUCUUCUUUGUUGCAUGGUUCUCUCCGAAUGCGUUUACAAGAGGCCUGCUACUGAGAUGAUUCGAGCUGUAAAUAAAUUUAAAGCCGAUUUUGGAGGACAAAUUGUUGCUCUGGAGCGGGUGCAACCCUCAUCAGAUCAUGUUCCUCAUAGGUAUUUAUUGGCAGAGACAGGGGACACUUUAUUUGCUUCCUUCAUUGGAACAAAGCAAUACAAGGAUGUAAUUGCUGAUGCAAAUAUACUUCAAGGUGCAAUCUUUCAUGAAGAUGUUGCUGAAGAAUCAGAUGCACAUGCAGCAACUGAAUCUGAUAAGGGGGAAAACUCAAAUGGAAAAGAAUAUAUUUGGAAUCCUCUAGAAUCCAGGUCUAAACAAAAGAGUAAUUAUAAACCUGCUGCCCAUAGGGGUUUCAUGGCCCGUGCCAAAGGAAUACCCGCAUUAGAAUUAUAUAGGCUUGCUCAAAAGAAGAAACGGAAGCUUGUUUUGUGUGGCCAUUCACUUGGAGGAGCAGUAGCAGCAUUAGCUACUCUUGCCAUUUUGAGAGUAAUUGCUGCUUCAUCUUCAUCAAAGGAAAAUGGGAAUGUCUCUAUCAAAUGUAUCACAUUUUCUCAACCGCCUGUUGGAAAUGCUGCUUUGAAGGACUACAUUAAUAGAAAAGGUUGGCGGCAUUAUUUCAAAAGUUAUUGCAUCCCAGAAGAUUUGGUUCCCCGUAUUUUAUCUCCUGCAUAUUUCAGCCAUUAUAAUGCUCAGUCUGGGCCAGUGCUUUCUGAAAAUGAAAGUAACAGCUUAUUAUUGAGAAAACAGGAAGAAGGGGUAGCAAAGCCAAAAAUCAAUAAUGGUGAACAGUUGGUUCUGGGAGUAGGUCCGGUGCAGAGAUCCUUCUGGAGACUCUCAAGGCUAGUCCCUUUAGAAGGAUUGCGAAGACAAUUUAGUAAGCACCAAGAAAGAAGAAUAAGUUCUGUUGAAACAAAUUCAUUGCCUGAUUCUCUUUCCAAUACCUUGAUUGAGGAUGAAGUGGUUCAACCGCGGUCACUUGAAAUACAAGAGGGUUCUGAUGGCAUAUCACUCAAGCCUUUUCCUGAAACUGAUAAACAUUCAUUAGAGGUGUCAACAAAUGGGAAAACAAAUGCAAAGGCCGAUGCCAUGAACGGUGAUGAAGGAAAAUGGCACAAAGUACCUUAUUUACCAUCAUAUGUACCUUUUGGACAGCUUUAUUUAUUGGAGAAAUCCUCUGUAGAGUCACUAUCAGGUGCAGAGUACUCGAAGUUGACAUCGGUCAAAUCAAUGAUUGCUGAAUUGAGGGAAAGAUUUCAAUCACAUUCAAUGAAAUCAUACCGAUCUCGGUUUCAGAGAAUCUUUGACUUAUGUAUGAGUGAUGAUGCAUCAUCUUUCUUAGGGAUUGAGCAAUGGCAACAGGUUUCUCAUCUACAACAAUGGCUUGGGCUUGCAGCUGCAGACACUGUUGAGCUUGGGCGUAUAGUAGAGUCUCCUAUUAUACGUACUGCAACUUCUAUUGUUCCUCUAGGAUGGAAUGGUGUGCCUGGAGCAAAAAAUGGAGAACCUCUGAAAGUUGAUAUUACUGGUUUCGGGUUGCAUCUCUGUACACUUGUUCACGCUCAAGUGAAUGGUGACUGGUGUUCAACUACCGUUGAAUCCUUUCCUUCAGCACCAAACUAUUCUUUAAAUCAAGAAAUUCAGCCUGAGUUACAAAAGAUGAGAAUAUUAAUUGGUGCUCCGCAAAGAACGGCUCCAAAAUAUCAAACUGUGUUAGACUCCUUAAUGCCCACUUUUACCUCUGUUGAUUCAAAGACUGCGGGUAGUUCAGCAUGUGUUGACAAGGAUACAUGUGUCCGUCCAGAAAGUUUAAAUAACUUUUUAAUAUUUUGCACCAGUGAUUUUACAACUGUUUCCAAAGAGGUUCAUUUGAGAACUCGAAGAGUACGAUUAGUUGGGUUGGAGGGAUCGGGUAAAACUACUCUUUUAAAGGCAAUCAUGAAUAAAUGUAAACCAAGUACUGCUGCUGAUGAUGAUGCAGUUUCAGAUAUUGACAUGCAAGAAGUUAUUGCUGAUGGUUUGUGCUAUUGUGAAUCUGCCGGAAUAAAUAUGCAGGAACUGAAAUCAGAAACCUCUCGCUUCAAGGAUGAACUGUGGGCUGGUAUUCGAGAUCUAAAUAGAAAAACCGACUUGAUUGUUCUUGUUCAUAACUUAUCCCAUACUAUACCUCGCUAUAGUGAUUCAAAUGGCACUCGACAGAAGCCAGUCCUGUCACUUUUCUUGGACGAAGCUAAAUGUCUUGGAAUUCCAUGGGUUAUUGCAAUAACAAACAAAUUUGCAGUUAGUGCUCACCAUCAAAAGGCAGCAAUUGAUGCUGCUUUGAAAGCUUACCAAGUAUCUCCUAGCUCAGUUGAAGUUAUAAACUCCUGCCCUUACGUUAUGCCUGGUUUUGCUGGGGCUUCUUUGUCGUGGGAUGCAACUAAUGCGGAAUCCAAUAAUAGGGUGGGUGCUCAAAAGAUUUUACUUGCUCCUAUCAAUUUCGUUAGGAGGCCUUUCUUGAAAAAAGAGACUGUUCUUCAAGUUGAAGGUGUCUCCUCACUAUGUCAGCAAAUCCAUCGCGUUCUUCGCAGUCACGAGGAGUCUUCGUUUCAGGAACUUGCCAGAGAUAGACUAAUGAUGGAGUUAGCGAGAGAACAAAGAAUAUCAAAUGAAGGAAGUAAAAAUGGUGUAGGUAGGGCAAUUUCAUUGAAUUCAGCUGCUGUAGGCGCAUCCCUUGGGGCUGGUAUUGGGUUUGUCCUGGCGAUUGUAAUGGGGGCAGCAUCGGCGCUGAGGAAGCCCUGA